GCGGAGUUUACCUGCGUUCCACUGAAUUUGACAAUCGAAAGGCUUUGCUCGACAGACAAAUCGACGCCUCAACAGAGCCUCGGUGACAUUCCAGAAGCCCUAGCAACCAACGUUGCACUUUCGGACUUAGGGCCUAGGUGCUGCCCCCAGUCAAGACACAGGCGUAGUUCAAGUAUGAAGUCUAAGAGACCCAUUUCCUUUUGGCGCUAUCAAGUUGGCGACGGGCGACGCAGAUGGUUGCAACUUCUUGUGAGACAGCGCCUUUUCCGCGCAGGGAAAUUCAGGGUGUCCACGGAGCGGUCGCUCUGGCAGCGAGAUCACAAGCGGGAGUUCCGUGAACACACUAUAGUGCUUGGCUAG